AUGCUCGAUGAAUCGUGUGUUUUUGGGAGGGACUCUGAUAAGGAGAAGACCAUGAAAUUGCCGAAAUCUGUACUUGGAACUGGGGAUAAGGUUCAUGUUAUCCCUAUAGUUGGCUUAGAGGGUAUUGGCAAAACAACUCUGGCCCGAAUUGUUUAUGGUGAGAAGAUGAUGAAGGAUCGUUUUGAUUUGAAAGCUUGGGCUUGUGCAGCAGAUGAAUUUGAUGCGAAGAGGAUCACAAGAACGCUUGUUGAGUCAAUUACUAGAAAGAACUGUAAAGAAUUUGGAUUUACUUCAAGAGAAGCUGACAAAUUUGUUAAAGGGAAAGAAUUUUUAGUUGUGUUAGAUGAUGUGUGGAACGAAGGCUAUGAGAAUUGGGAUGAACUGAAGAUUCUUUUCGCCAAGGGUGCAGCAGGGACUAGAAUUAUGGUAACAACACGCAGUGAAAAAGUUGCAUCAAUAGUGGGCACCCUACCAAUACACUAUUUGGAGGAGUUGUCUAAAGAAGAUUGUAUGUCAUUGUUUGAGCAAAUUGUUUUUCCAAACGGGAAUUCAGAUGCUUAUCCAAAGCUGAAAGAUAUUGCUGAGAAAAGAGUAUCGAAGUGUAGAGGCUUACCUUUGGCAGUUAAGGCACUUGGGGGCCUUUUGCGCUCUUAA